AUGAAAUUAUUUCAUAUCUAUCUAUCUAUCUAUCUAUCUAUCUAUCUAUCUAUCUAUUGCAGUCUGUUCAUCAUCUAUCUAUUUCAGUCUGUUCAUUAUCUAUCUAUCUAUCUAUCUAUCUAUCUAUCUAUCUAUCUAUCUAUCUCAGUCUGUUCAUUAUCUAUCUAUCUAUCUAUCUAUCUAUCUAUCUAUCUAUCUAUCUAUCUAUCUAUGUAUUUCAAGAUCUAUCUAUAUCUAUCUAUAAAAUGGUACAAGGAAGACAAGAAGGAAAACAUAGCGACUAGCACGUUCAUAUCAUCUUUCUUUCUCACCCUUUUUCUUUCUGCUUUUCUUUCACUAUCUAUCUAUCUAUCUAUCUAUCUUUCAUUCACUGACUAUCUAUCUAUCUAUCUAUCACUGACUGUAUGUCUCUAUGUUCAAAAUAUAUCUAUAGUAAUUAUUAAAGUAUACAUAGAUCUAUCUAUCUAUCUAUCUAUCUAUCUAUCUAUCUAUCUAUCUAUCACUGACUGUAUAUCUAUCUAUCUAUCUAUCUAUCUCUCUAUCUAUCUAUCAUUGACUAUCUAUCUAUCUAUCUAUCUAUCUAUCUAUCUAUCUUUCACUGACUGUAUAUCUAUCUAUCUAUCUAUCUAUCUAUCUAUCUAUCUAUCUAUCUAUCUAUCACUGACUGUAUGUCUCUAUGUUCAAAAUAUAUCUAUAGUAAUUAUUAAAGUAUACACAGAUCUAUCUAUCUAUCUAUCUAUCUAUCUAUCUAUCUAUCUAUCUAUCACUGACUAUCUAUCUAUCUAUCUAUCUAUCUAUCUAUCUAUCUAUCUAUCUCAGUCUGUUCAUAUCUAUCAUAGUUUCUUUUUCAUUUUUUCUUUCUUUUUCCUUCCUUAUUAUUUUUAUUUUUUCUCUUUUAAUUCGUUGUUUUAUUCUUUCUUCCUUGUCCUUUCCACUUUGUCACACUCUUUUUUUAAUCUUGCAAUCUUCUUUUUCUUCAUUUUUAUAUUUUCUUCAUUCAUUCAUUUCUUUCUUUCUUUUUUUUCUUUCUUUCUUUCUUUCUUUCUUUCUUUCUUUCUUUCUUUCUUUUACCUUUGCAUACUUUUUCGUCUAUCUUGUUCUUCCUUUUUUCGUUCUUUCUUUUUUCUUCCUUCCUUUCUUUCAUUGUUUCUUUCUUUCUUUAUUUCUUUUCUUUCAUUUCCUUCGUAUAAAAAUAUAUUCUUCCUUUUUCCCAACUACGUCUAA